AGGCGUUUGUGGCGGCGGCGACACGUGCGCGCGGCCGCGGGACCCGGAUGCCGGGGCCGCCGGGCUCCGCCAUGCCGAUCGUGGAGCGGCUGAAGGAGGCGCUGAAGGCGGGGCGGCGGGAGGCGGGUGAGGACGCGGAGCUGGGCCGGCUGCUGGCCGCCUCGGCCAAGAAGGUGCUGCUGCAGAAGAUCGAGUUCGAGCCCGCCAGCUGCGGCUUCUCCGGCCAGCUGGAGCUGCUGCGGGGAAAGUACGUGCUGCUUAACCCCCGCGCCGAGGGCCCCGGCCGUCCCCGCGGCCCCCAGGAGGGGCCGCCCGGCAAGCAGGGCAGUGACCAUGGCCCGAGGGGCCCGGCAGACGGGAUUCCCGCGCCGCAGAAGGUGCUUUUCCCGGCGGAACGCCUCUCCAUGAAGUGGGAGCGGAUCUACCGGGUCGGCGCGGGGCUGCACAACCUCGGAAACACUUGCUUCCUCAACUCCACCGUGCAGUGCCUGACCUACACCCCGCCGCUCGCCAACUACCUGCUCUCCAAGGAGCACAGCCGCAGCUGUGGCCAAGGAGGUUUUUGCAUGCUGUGCGUUAUGCAGAACCACACGAUCCAGGCUUUUGCCAACAGCGGCAACGCGAUAAAGCCAGUGUCCUUCAUCCGAGACCUCAAGAAGAUUGCCAGGCACAUCCACUUCGGCAGGCAGGAGGAUGCGCACGAGUUCCUGCGUUACACCAUCGACGCCAUGCAGAAGGCCUGCCUGAACGGCUGUACCAAGCUGGAUCGCCAGACCCAGGCCACGACGCUGGUUCACCAGAUCUUUGGCGGUUACCUGCGCUCUCGUGUGAAGUGCUCAGUGUGCAAGACAGUCUCGGACACCUAUGACCCUUUCCUGGACCUCGCACUGGAGAUUAGGCACGCAGCCAACAUCGUGCGGGCGCUGGAGCUGUUUGUGAGGCCAGAUGUGCUGGGCGGGGAGAACGCCUACAUGUGUGCUAAAUGCAAGAAGAAAGUGACAGCCAGCAAACGCUUCACCAUCCACCGAGCUUCCAAUGUUCUCACGCUCUCACUGAAACGCUUUGCUGACUUUGGUGGAGGCAAAAUCACCAAGGACGUGGGGUACCCUGAGCUGUUGAACGUCCGCCCAUACAUGUCUCAGAACAACGGGGACGCCGUGAUGUACGGGCUCUAUGCGGUGCUGGUGCACUCGGGUUACAGCUGCCACGCAGGGCACUACUACUGCUACGUGAAGGCCAGCAACGGGCAGUGGUAUCAGAUGAAUGACGACCUGGUCCGCUGCAGCAACAUCAAAGUGGUCCUCAACCAGCAGGCCUACCUGCUGUUCUACCUGAGGAUCCCCAGCGCCAGGAAGAGCUCAGAGGGGUCUGUUGCCAAAGUUGCCUCCACCCUUCCUGGCCGCAUCGGCAGCAGCUCCGAUCAGGCCAAGAAACCUGUGGCCAGCAGGCCCCUGUUGUCACCGCUGAUGGGCCGGAGACCAGAUGUGGUGCCAGGGAAGAAGCUGCUGGGGCCGGAGGAGAUUGGGGUCCCUGUGGCCCGCAACACGUUUGGGACUGUGUCAAAGCUGCUGAAUGGAACCGCUUCACCAAAGCUGCCCACUGGGUCCCCGUCGCCCAAACUGCCCCUGAAAGCCACCCACAUGGCCACAGCGCUGCCCGAUGACACAGCCCGGAGGCCCAAGAAGCCACUCUCCCUCCCACAGCUGCCUCCCAUGCCCAGGGCGGUUCAGGGCUUCUGUGACUCUUCUAACGCCAGCGGUGGCAGAGCGGAGCUGCCCCGGCAGAGCUCCUGGGAGAGCAAACAGCCACCUACCUCAGCCAAGCUGCUUCUGGAGCCCAGCCUGGAGCCUGGGGAUGGUCGGGAGAACACCGAGACCCUGGAGAGGGACUCCUACAACAGCAGUGUUGCCAGCCCAGCACAUGGCUCAGUGGGGAAACUGGCCAAAGCACCCCAGAAGGGCAGCACCUCUCAGGAAACAGACUGUGGCACAGACCUGCCUGCUGGCCCCAGCACCCAGUCUGCUGCCCCCGAGGACACCAAGGCAGCAAGGCUGAAAUGCUCCCUGUUGGGCAGUGCUGCUCUGGAGCUGAGCAGCACCACGUCACCACCACCAGCCAAGAAGCUGGCACUCUCUGCCAAAAAGGGCAGCACCCCGCGGAAGGCGAGCAGAAGUGACCACUACGCACAACCUCGCCCAAAAUUUGCUGAGCACACCUCCCCCACGAACACCACCCACCCCGACUCCACUCCCUGGCCUUUCAGUAAGUCGAGGCUGUCCUCAUCUGCUCUCAAACUGCCAAAUCCUGGAAAACCUGCCUUUAGCUUCAUCUUCAACUCAGCCCCUCAGCUUCCAGCCUCCCCCCUGACCAACGGUUCCGCUGCCCACCCUUCACACUGCCAUCCUCCCUGCAGCAGGGAGAAGGGGCCCAGCCAGGUCACUCCUGGUUCCUCCAAAAAGAAGCGGCGAAGGCAUCAUCACGGAGCAGACAGCAACCAUCAUGCUCUGGCUGUGAAGGACAAGGAUGAAGUCUCCAGUCCCCCCAAGAAGAAAAAGAAGAAGAAUCUCGCUCAGGAGGGCUCGAUAUCCCUCGUGGGGAAGGAGGUGGCAGGCAAAGCUCCCAGCAGUGGCCAGGAGGAGCCAGGCUGUCAGGAUCUGGAGAGCAGGCCCAAGCAGCAAGUGUCAGACCCCAGUACUUGGUCUGACACAGCAUCCAUCUCCCCCCUCAAGAAGAAGAAGAAGAAAAAGAGGAGAAUGGAGGAGACAGCAGAGCGCAGCUCUGGGACACUGUCCUUGGGCAGCUCUAGGAGGACUGAGAAGGAGCCCUGGAGGCCAAAGCAGCAGCGAAGCUUGGAGGCUGGGGCUGGAGACAGCGAGCACCGCAAGCGCAAGCAGAGGGAAAACCCCAGCAGCCCAGCCUGGGAGCAUCCCGCUGCCAACAGUGUCCACAGUGCAGGUGGCACCCCAGCGGCAGUGUAUGCCUGGGACAACUGGGCUGGAGAUGGGUACAGGAACUGCCUGGCUGCCCCUGGCUGUGGGGCUGGCACAACUCCCAGAAACCAGAAGGAGCCCAACGUGGUAGAGGAGCUGCUCAGGAACUCCUUGGACAAGGCUUAUGGCAAACAAGUGCUGACCUGGGAGGGAGAGAUCUCGGCUGUCAGCCAGGAUGCAGAGCGGGACGCAGCCUGGGCCCGCAGCAAGACCAUCAUCGAUGAGUGGGACAAGGAGUUUGACAGAGGGAAGGUAAAGAAGAUUAAAAAACUGAAGCAGGAGCGAAGGAGACACUUCAAUCCCUUCCAGCAGCUCCAGAGCAAGCGCAACUUCUGGUCAGUGACGCAUCCUGCCAAAGUGGUCAGCCUGGGCCACCGGCUCUGAGGUUGAGAUCUGCGGCCGCCGAACAGAGCGGGCCCCAGGGAAGGACCAGCGGGGUAGUGCUGUCCUGGGAGCUGCGGGGGCACCCUGCUGGGGAGGGGAGGGACACUGGCCCCAGCCCUGGGGGGUCAGGCUGUGCUUGCUGUCCUCUGGUGUCCCUGUGGGCUGCGGUUGCUUCCCUCCGCUCCCCAGCCAUGGAGGAGCCUGACCCACUACCGGGCCGCGUCCAGCGUCCUCCCCUGGUUCUGCUGUGCCUCCCCUGGGGCUGGAGCAGCCCCUUCUCCCGCCUAGCCUGGAGCUCGGGGGGACCUCCCAAAAGUGCCUGCAGUGUGUCCACCCCCGGGGAGGGGGCACCAGCGUGUGCAACAGCCGGGAGUGCUGGUGUUGGUCUCCUGGGCACGGCCCGGGUUGCUCCAACCCCUCCUGCCGCUCCCCUCCCCCGGUGCCAGCCACAGCGGAACCGUUGGCCGCCGCUCCCGGGCAGGGCCACGCUCCCUCCCCCCCCGGCCCCGCGCUGGCCGCGGGAGGUGGUGGCGGGUCCCCGCGGGGACGGGACGCUGCUGCCGCCACCGCGGGCAAUAAACUCGUG